GUCGUAGAACAGACAUUCUCUUUAGUAUUUACCAACAAAACUCUCAAGGAAGAUGGAGAAAACACCGCUGAACACUUUGAAGUACGACAGACCUCCACCUUACAGUCCUACGCCAACGUCUCCGCAACAAUUACAACAAGGAAGUACAUCAUGGCAACCACCACCUGGAUACUUUCCGAAUCCUGAGCCACAAUAUCAACAAAACAGUCAACCAAACAGUUAUGGAGCUACACAUUCGACUACUGUUAUUGUUCCUGAGAUCAUUCUUGUCGGAGGAUGUCCAGCAUGUCGAGUUGGAGUCUUGGAAGAUGAUUAUACUUGUUUAGGAAUUUUUUGUGCUAUAUUCUUCUUCCCUCUUGGAAUUCUUUGCUGUUUACUUUUAAAAAAUCGACGUUGUUCAAAUUGCGGUGCAUACUUUGGUUGAUACACUGUUUAAAAGUAUUGUUUUUAUUUUCGUAAGAAUUAUAAAGGACUUUCUUGAGUCAAAGUUGCCAAAAUUGCAUCAAUACAACAAGUAUAUAGUAAUAUCAGUUAUAAAGAAACAAGAUUGCCAAAAAUAUGUUACUGAGAAAGUGUUUGAUAUUAAGGCCAUUUAAAAAUUGUAUUGAACUAUCACUUUUCAAAAAAUAUUUUAUCAGAGAGGAAAAGUUUGUAAAGAAAGUUUUAGAACAUUUAUAAUUAAGCUAAAUUACAACUACAUUCUAUUUCUUUUCAUCAUUAAUCAACAUCAAGUCAGACAUUAGAUAACAAAUUUGUCAAUGAGGCUAUAUAUUUGUUUUAAGAAUCUGAUUCUUACUAUUUUGAUGCAAAUAAUCAAAUAAAAAUGAAAGUGUAGAAGUAGGGCUUUCCUUUGUAUUUAGGCUUAAAAAUUUGAUGAAGAGCUUACAUAUUUAAAAUUAUACUUAAAUGAUUUAAGUGUUACUUUUUCCACUAUGGUUGUGAUGAGUUUAAAUAUGCAUUUAUGCAUUGAAAUUAUAUUUUUUAGUUGUCAGUAGGUAUAUUUUGCCUAAAAACAUCAUUGUAUAUCAGAAACUAAUCAUCAUCUGAUUCAAAUAAUUAUCCAAGAAAAGCAAUUAACACGAGUUAAUAUUUAUAACACAUUUAAUAUUUGCUAGUAAUUGUUUCUGUUGAACCAUUUUUUAUGGUUGAAAUCAAUUGUCAGAGUAUUCAUCUUUUAACGAUAGUAAAUUAUAAAGUUAUAAUAUUUAAAUUCUUUUUGAUGCUAUAGUUUAAAUAUUUUUAAUGCUGUAGUAUAUAUAGAUACAAUUACAAUUAUAUUCUACAUCUAAUGUUAGAGAAUAUUUUUGAAAAUAAUUUGUUAAGCUAUGAGGUUCUAAAUUUUUGAAAUUUAUACUGUUUGUACAUUUCAGACACAUAUCAUAGAAAUACAGUUUGAUAUAA